AUGACAAAAGAUAAUAAUACUACUACUGAAUCAGAGACAUCAAAUGUUGAAGAUAUCGAUUGGAAUGCAUUAGACAAGUUAAAGAGAGCUGAUUUACAAAGACUAUGUAAAGAGUUUUCAUUGCCUUUGAAAGCAACUUCAAAAAAUGCAGAGAUAUUAGAAGCUUUAAGAUCAUUUAAAAAAGAUUAUGAUGAAAAGAAAGAACAACAAUUAAAAGAAGAACAAGAAAAGAAAAAGAAUGAUCAACAAGAUAUAAAAAAUAUUGUAAAUAAUAAUAGUAGUAGUAGUAGUAGUAAUGAUACAACGACGACAACGACGACAAGUACUACAACAACAAAUGUAAAUGAAGAAAAAGAAGAAGAAGAAUCUAAAAUGGAUGAUAAAGAAGAUGAAGAUGAGGAAGAAGAAGAAUCAAAACAACCAACGAUAGAAGUUGAAACGCAACAACAAUUAUUGGAUACACUACUUAUACCAGAGAUAAAUGAAACUGAUAUUGCACAACCACAACAAUCUAAAAAGAGAUAUGAAGAGGAAUUAAAUAAUGAUGAUAAUGACAAUGAUGAUGAUAGAAGAAGAGUUGUUCAAGAUGACAAUCUAUUAGAUGACGAUAUGGAAAAGAAAAUAAAUCAUCAAGGAUUAAAAUUUAGAAAUUAUGUACCAAGAGACCCAACACUAUUACCAUACAGAAUACCAAAGAGUAAAGUACCAGAGAUUGUAGAAGAGUUAAUGGAGAGAUUAAAAGUAUUGGAAACAAGUGGAUUGGACAACUCAUCAUUAUUGCCACGAAAGGUUAAUUGGGAUCUAAAGAGAGACUUGGAAAAGAAAUUAAACAAAUUGGAAAAGAGAACAAAUGUAUCGGUUUAUCAAUUGAUCAAACAAUCCAUUCUAGCAAAUACCAAUGGAACCAAUAGUAAUAAUAAUAACAAUAAUAAUAAUAAUGAAACUUCGAUGCAACUAUUAUCAAGAACUGUCGAUAAAUUGAAAUAA